CAAGCAGAAGGAAAAGCACACGGAGGGUUCCACUGUCAGUGAGAGCACCGGUGAAGAGGAUUUGCUUGAGGGAUUCUACCCCGGGCCGUACAAGGUCGAACGGGAGCAUCGUUUUUCCAGUGGUGUCGUUUUUAUCUUGGAGAGAGAAGACUGUUUUGCUUGUAGCGACAACAACAACGAGGGUGGGGACGUGACAAACGACGUGCGGCGUAGUAGACGCACCUCGGCGGUACCUCAAGUUGUGCCGAUGAAGUCACCGAUCAUUUGUUCUCCACACAACAAAGAGGUAUUUAAUCAGCAUUCCACGUUGCCCAUACCGCAGCAGGAUGGCGGCUGGCAAAAUGUAGAAGACGCUGACGACAAUCAGGGGCAGGAGACGAAGAAGAGUCUGCAGCGCCAUAGUCUUUCUAUGGAUCAAUACGCCUCUUUGAGUUUGUCCAGCAUUUAUCGCCCAACUUCCCACAAAUACGCACCGGAUCCCAACAAGAUGUUCUGCCCAAUAACCAACGUCUUCCGGCUGCGUCAGCAUUUUCCAGACUCGUCCACUACGACAAGCGAUGAUGAUGAGGAUGGUGAGUUUGGCUGCGAUGGUGGCUAUAAAUUCUCUGACUAUGGAUGGGAAAGGGAAUAG